UCGAUCCCAUCUCUCAUUGCCUGAAAGGAUGUACAUUUGACAUGCAUGUUGUCAUUAUAGGCCUCGCCUGCAAACAUUUUAAAUGAGAUUUUUUUAAUUAGAGCAUUUCCAACAUGCCUACAUAUAUUUACGCCACACGUUUGAUUGAUUGGAUCGUGAUCGUAAAAUUGGAUUGCUGACACAAUAUUCUUCCGUUCAAUAUUUCCAUCUACAUCUUCUCCUGUAUGGUGCUCAGGUUGUUUACUGCGUUGUAUUUGAGGUAAAAUAAACUGGAACUCUGAACAUGAUGGGUGGAAAGACACCUGAAACAUUGAUAUUCAUUGUGUUGAUGGUUUACAGCAUUAUUCAAUUAAUGGUGUACAAUGGCAAACUGCAGAUUCACCUCGUCACGAAGAGAUACCAUGUCCCAAAAAGAAUGAAUCCGACAGGGGGUCCGAUGCGAAACAUAACAGAACCAGGACUUCUGGAGCAACCGACUACUUCCGUCCCAUUGCUCGGGUGGCGGAAAACUGUAAGUUGGAAACCAGGAUCGAAGCUAGAUAUAUAUGACUAUCUGAUCAAUCCUGUGGACAAGUGCAGGGCUGGGAAGGAUAAUAUCACUUUACUUGUCUUAAUCAAAUCCGCACCGGGAAACGGACACCUAAGAGAUGCUGCAAGGCAAACGUACAUAAGAGGAGCGGCGGAAGAGAAGUCUUCAGCCAGAAUCGUGUUCAUCAUAGGCGAAUCUGAAUCAGAGGGCGUGACGGAGAAUAUUCAAAAGGAGUCUGAAACACACGGGGAUAUCCUAAGCGUAGGCUUCCAUGAUAAUUACUACAACCUUACCAUCAAACUUAUUAUGGGGUUUAAAUGGGUACUCGAAUUUUGCGGCAACACUGGGUUCUUGUUGACGACGGAUGACGAUGUCGUAGUUGAUGUCCCGACCCUGGUCAAAGACCUCGACGCUAUACCGCCAAAGGACCGCUCUCGGUUCGUUCUUGGAAAAAGGGCAGAGGAUUAUAAACCUUGCCGCAACCACACUGGUGCUUCGGCUAAAUGGUAUGUACCGAAGGAAUUGUACUCAAACGAGACAUAUCCUACAUUUCCAUUGGGACAUGGGUAUGUUAUGUCACAUGAUGUUGUUGAGAAGCUUGUUCAAGUUUCCAGAGAAACCCCGACAAGGAUACCCUUUGACGACGUUUAUUGUGGUAUACUGUUGAAUAAGUUGGCCAUCGGAAUUCUUCACCGACCGCAGUGGUUUCGACGGCACCAUCCAAAAAGUCGAGAGAGGGAUUACUUAAGGAUUGAAGUGCCAGCGAAAGGAAUGAAAAAUGCUUGGAAAAGGUUUAGAAUUAACCACCGACAUUGAUUUUUUUUGUAAUUUAUACUGAACAGAAUUAAAGAAUCUACUCAAUUUGAUAUUAAAUGGUAUUUAUUCAACAAGAGCAUACAUAAUUGAAAGAUAGAAUUCUUGUUCCUCAUUCGUAUUUCAAAUAUUCAUUAAAAUUAUGUCAGUGAAAAAUAAAAGACGUGAAUUAAAAUGAUCACAUGUACAUGAUGUCACUGACAGUCUCGCUUGCAUUACUCUUCAUAGAAACAGUAUUGAGUUAUGAAGUAUUAUUUUUCAUAAAAGGAGAAGAAGAAACAUGUCUGUUGAACUCAAAUGGUCUUUGUUCUUGACGGAGAAACUUAUUAUUAAUGUCACAUUGUAAUGUCAAAUAACUUUACCAUGUUCAUUACAAGUGUCAUUUAAUUUGAUUGAAUUUUUAAAAUAAUUAACAAAUUGUCAAUGCUUAUCAAAGAUAGUUGAUCUCCAUGAGCUUUGACGUUGACCCAACAGUAGCCUUGAA